CAGAACCCAUUUGACAUGCUUGUCAUCAUGUUGGCCCACGUUGAACAGCAAGAGUUUGAGGUUGCGAACAAAGACGAUUGCAUGUACCUUAUCUUCAAGGCAUUGAAUGGACAGGAGCAACUGAAGAAUCGCUUCAAUCGUGAGAAGCAGAGACGUUCGUAUAAAAGCCAGAGAGAGGACGCAGAGCGAGAUAACAAUCAGGAUGAAGUAAGACGAUGCACGACUAAAUGGAGAGUGUCCAACAAGAGAUUGGCAGAAAGAACAAGGCAGAAAUUGAUGACUAGGAUCCAACGCGCACGGAAUGAAUUAAGAAAGGUCGGACUUGACGAGUUGUUGAAGUUAGCUGUGCUCCAAUCGGCGCAGCCACACGCUGAAAGGGAGAACGAUCCAGAUACUCCGCCCUGGAAGGACAUCUUUGGCAAAUGUACUCAGGCAGACGACUAUGAUACCCUGAAAGACAAACUCGAAAAGCACUUCCCGGAUAUGGAGGCUACUCUGGAAGCAACUGCAGAUAAGGUUCAAGAUAUGAAGACGACUCACAAUCUGGUUCUAUCUCGAACGGUAAAGUUCGCCGGCGCUGACCUCCAAGGUCGCGAUGAGGCUGAGAGAAAACGCAUAAUAACGGCGCGGCUGAACGACCCAGUUACCGCGAGGAUAAUGGAGGAGACGUUGGAAGGUAUGUUGAACACGCAUCUGGUCGCGACGCAAACGCUCGUGAACUUGGAGCGGAUGGAGGAACCAAUGAGUGAAUUGUUGGCAGCUGCGACAACGAAACACGACGACUUGACGGAACUAGCCUGCUUGAUCAAUCGUGAUCAUGAGUUGAGUGCUAGCAGCGUGACGGAAGUUGAAGGUGUUUCUGCAGAGAGAAGUGAAGACAAAGAAGAUUGAUGGUCUGUCGGAGAUAGGGAUGUUAAAUCCGGUUGUUGAGGAUUAGCGACAUGUGAUCC